AUGUAUUUAUCUAAAUUAAUAGUGCUAUUAUUCGUGGUUUUAAAUAGUUAUUAUGUAAGAUCGAAAGCUAGUGAUAUUGUAUAUCUGCGUGAUCAUUUUAUUACCAAUUUAUUGGAAGAAAAUCGUGACAAAUUGUCAUUACAACUUACGGAUGAUAUUGAGAAGUCAAUAGAUCUGAAAAUUAAUGCUUUUCUGACUGAAAUCAAUGGACCAAAAGAGCGAAAGAAACGUCUUGCAAAUGACUUACUACUGAAUGAAAAACCAACUGAUGUCAAUAUUCUGAAGGGAUUUGAACGACGAGGAAUUGUUCCUGUAAAUUUUCCACAAGAUAUUUGCAUGUUUAAGCUUCACGGAAAAAGCUUUGCUGCUAGUUUAAAUCAUGGAAAGACAGUUAAGGAAGGUACAAUAGCUGAAAACUUUUUGUCAAUUUUUAUGCGCAGCAAUCGAACAUUUGUCAAGAUUCAUGAAUAUAAAUCAAAAUAUCUGUCAAAAAUCGAGUGUGAAUCUGUCAAUGAAGUUGGAUAUGUAGCAGUGCUGAAUUCGGUUACAAUACAAAUGAAAUCUGAUGAAUUAUUAAAGAGUGGAUCUUUCGUCUAUAAAGUUACGUUUGAUCCAAGCAAUGAUGACAGUGUCAAAGUUACAAAACUUCAAACAUUUGCAGAAUCUAAUCAAAUUGGAGUAAGUUUAUGGACACGCGAUCAGGAUUUAUAUCUAGUUUAUUCGUACAAUACAGAAAAGAACAGUACACUUGAGAAAUGCACAGUCUUUAAAUUGUCAUCCAACAACUUUAAUCCAAUCGAUUCUUUACCUUGUCAAAAUGCUCGAGUUAUUGAGUUUUUCACCGUCAAUCACAAUUUUAUGGUCCUUGUUGGAAAUUAUCGUGAAAAUAACGGAACAACAAAUGCAUUUUCGUCAAUAUUAAGAUACGAUUUGACACAAAGAAGAUUCAUUGAGCAUCAAAAGAUUUACACAAAUGCAAUUACUGUUGGAAAGUAUUUCUAUCUUGAUCAUCAAAAUCAGCGACAGCACUUCUUGUUUAUUGGAAAUUCAUUCGAAAUUGGAGAUUAUGGAACUAUUAAUUAUGAUGUUCCGUCAAUUAUCUACAAAUGGGUUGAUGGAUUCUUUAUUCCUUUACAAACAGUCGAUGUAAAGCAUGUUCAAGCUGUAUCAGCUGUUUUGGGAAAGGACAAUGAAUUCAAUUUACUAAUAACAAGUGAGGACAGUGAAGUUCAAAUUUAUUACUAUGAUGGAUGGAAGUUUCAAGAAUCAUCAAUAGACUUUACUGGAAGUGCUUUUGGAGCCGGUGUUGUGACUAUUCGAUCAUACAGCAACAUUAUUGAAAAUACAUCGACUAUAGUCAUAUCCAACACAAAUUCAUACGGGAACCAAUUUAAUAUUUAUACUCCUGUUUAUAUUAAAAAAACGGAUGCAUCGCUUUUAAAAGAAAAUAUAUUAAGCUGGUGUUAUGAUACACAUGCAAAAUUAGAUGAGUUUAAUGUGGACGAAGCUGACGAACUCUUGAAAAAUGCAAUUAAUAUGAUAGAUCCAUUGAAUGAAAAUGCUACUAUUACGGGCGAUUUGUUUAUUAAAAAUUCUAAAAUUGAUGAAAUUAAUGCGAAUCAGUUUAAAAGAAGGAAUUCAUUAUUUAAUAAAGGAAGUGUUGAGAAAAUUAAUGAAUUAUCAGUAAGAGUUGGGAAGCUACGAAAGGAUGUGAAUAAGUUAAAGGAGAAAAUUGAUUUUACAAAAGCAACAACUAGAAUACGUCGUCAAGCUGCAGCAGAAGAUGAGCCUUUAGUAGAUAGACUUAUUGUUGAUAAACUCGUGAAUAUAAAGACAAUAAAUGGGAAGCAAGUCAGUGACAUUGUUUAUCAGGAUAAUCGCCGAAACACCAAAAUGAAAAAUAUAAAGGCUAACGAAAUUGGAAUUAAGGAAGAUCUUUAUGUUAACGAGAAAGUUGAUGGAGUCGAAAUGUCUCCAGAUAAUGUCUUAAUGAACGUUCCUGAACAGAAUCUUCGUCCUAUGUUUGUUGAAAAAUUGAAUGUUAGAUCGCUGGAUACUUUAAAAAUCAAUGAUCAAUAUUUUGAUGAUUUUUUCAAGCUAUUAAGACGAAAAGUUGACCAAAAGAUUCCAAACAUGAUUCAUCAAUUGGAUGUUGAUGCAUUAAAUGUCAAAGAAUUGUUUAAUGGAGAAAAUAUCACAGACAUAUUUAUUAAUUCAUUAAAGACAGUCGGUACGCAGUUUGUGAAUAGCAACAUAGACAUACAGAAUCUGUACACAAAUGGAAUCAUUUUUGAAAGAACAUUAGAAGCCAUUUCUAAGAUUCCAAUCUCACAUUUAAUCAACAUUAAAGAUAACAAACCAGUACAGAUUCUACAAGAUGUACAGUUUGAGCAGGAAGUCGAAAUUAAUGAUUUAUUUGUGGAAGAAAGAAUUAACAAUAUAAAAGUAAAGAAUACGGAUCUUCAAGUUGUAAGGAAACGCGGUCUAACCGAACAAACAGUAACUGGUGAAAAGCAUUUUAACAUUGUAAGCUUAAAGGAACCAAUCAUGCUGAAUGGAAAGAUUGAAAGUAAAACUUUGGAGAAAAUGAAUCCAAUAGCAACGAUUGAUAAUAAUCUAGUGCUGCAAGGCGAUUACGUGAUUAAAGGACCGGUAUUAAUUAGGAGAUUUGUCAAUGCAACCGAGAAUAUUCUAACAAGCGACAAUCAAUAUAGUUUUAGAAAAUUAGCAGAAACUGGAUUGAAUUUAUUUACGACAGCAUCUACAAAUGACAAAAUCAACUUUAAGAAUGUCUUGGAAGUUCGGAAUAACUUUAAUGCUAAUUCAAUCAAUGGAAAAUUGACUGAAACAUUUGUGAAAACAAAUUUUGAGGCAGAACAAGUCAUAAGUGGAGCCAAAACCUUUAAAAAUUCACUGUUUGUAAGUCGUGGAACUGUUCAAGCUGAUAUCAUUAAUGAUGUUGAUUUAAAGAGACUUAAUCAAACGACUUUAAAGCGAAAUAGCCCGGUUUCUCAAUUCAUUGAUGGAAAUAUUGAAUUUGAGCAGAUAAGUGUCGAUCAAGUCAUAUCACAAAAAGUUAAUAUGGCCGGUAAAGAUGUCAAUUUAAUAUUAAACACUAAAAAGCCACAAAAUCUUCAAGAAUUAUCUGCAAAUUUCUUAAAAGUUAAGAAUAUGAAGGCAACAGUUAUGGAGCAUAAAAUUGGCGCCAAGAUAUUUGACAGUGACUUGAAUUUCCUAAUUGAUGACUCGAUCUCUCAAGAUUCAUUCUUUGAAUCUUUAAUUUCUGCUAAAAGUUUUGGGCACCUUAAAGUUGAUCACUUAGAAUUUGUAGAUGGAAAUGAAUGGAAGUCGAUUAUUUCAAACUUUAACAACAUGAUUGUUGAGGAACUGAAUGUCACAGACAGCUAUGCAUUUGAUAAUAUCAUGAGGAUUGGAAAUUUACAGGUUCAAGGAACUAUUAAUGGAAUAAAGUAUGAAGACAUGCUGAAUAAUUGGCUUAAACUUGAAAGCGAGCAAGUCUUUGUAGUGCCUCAAACAUUUAAGUAUCUGAAAGUCUCUGACAACAUUGCAUCUAAGAAUGGAUUAAUUAAUAAUGUUGAAAUCAACAAGCUAAUCCAAGAAUCUAUCUGGAUUGAUGAGCCAAUUUCUUUGAAUUCACUUGAAGUUACUGGAAGGUUAGGAGUUCGAGAAGCUGUCUUCACACCUCUAAUUAAUGGCGCCACAUUUGAAGAAAGAAUCAUCCUUAACAACACAAUUCAGCCACAAAGGAUGCAUAAAAUAAAAAUCAGCAAUAAAGCAGAGAUUCACGAUUUGAAAUAUACAAGCAUAAAUAGCAUUGAUUUGGAAGAAUUUUUUAAUUUCUUUAUUGGAAACAAUGAAGGUGCCAAUUUGAUUAUUAGUGGAAUUGCUGACUUAAAUCAUGCAAAUAUUUCAUCACUUAAUAAUGUGGCACUUGACGAACUCUACCAAACAGCUUGGCUUAGAAAUCGAAACAUUAAAUUGAUUGGCGAUGAUAUAAGGUUCUUUGGGGACGUUGAAAUCAGCAAAUUGCUGUAUAUAGACGAACUGAAUGGCAAGGAGCUUGAUGAUGUACAGAAAACUUAUCUUAGCAAGACAAUUGAUCAGCAUAUAACAUCCAAUUUAAAUGUCCUUGGAACAUUAGUCGCAGAAAAGAGUUUACACACUCAGAAAGUCAUCGUACCAAAAUUCAUAAAAAUAGACGAUCAUACGCUUCUUAACAUCUCACACUUUGAGACUAAUGUCUUGCGGCAUAACAUUGAUCAAGAUAUUAUUGGAAAUUGGAAAAUUGGCAGGUUAGUGCUGUAUGGUGACUUUAAUGGAUUAAUUAACAGAGUAAAUGUUCAAACGGAUAUUUUGCAUGCUGGAAAUUUCCAUACAGCUGUUGUGACAGGACAUAAGAAAUUUAGAUCCUUAGAAGCACAUAAUGUUAAUACACGGUUUAUUAAUGAUAUCGAUGUGAUUGAUUGGAUUGAAAAUUCUGUAAAAACAAAUACAACAGAGCAGCAGAUCAUUAAUGGACAUGUUACAUUCAAAAAUACAGUUUAUGUGACGAAUAAUUUACAAGUUCAUGGAACUGUCAAUGGAAUCGACAUCAGACCUGAGAAUAUUUUAACAAAAUCUGGUGAACGACAAGUUAUUAGCGGGGAUGUUACAAUUAAUAAUAUGCCGCAUGAAACUAGUGGAUUUAAGCAAAUCUUUAUAGAAAAUUUGUCACUUAAAGAUGGCAUUAAUGGAAGAGAUUGGAAUGAAUUUCAUGACAAUGCAUUCACUAGAGAUUCACCAUUUAUUGACUCUAAGCAGAUCAUUUUUGAAAAUGAAUUAAAAAUGGAAUCAAUUUUGACAGACAACAGCAUUUAUGGAACUGAUAUGAAAGAGUUCCUUAAAGGAUCAUCGACCAACAAUAAAUUGAUGAAAUUUAAAGAUAAUAUGGAAUAUUUGACACAAGUUGGAGAUGAUCUGAUGAGAAGUUUAGCUGACAAUGUAGUUGAAUUGAGUCAUUUUGAGCAUCAUCAAACGAUUGCCAGCAAAUAUGUCCAAAAUACUGUUUUGUUCUCAUUCAAACAUGAUCGUGUAACUGAAUAUGUUCUUGGAAUUCGUGGUGGUAGUGAGAGAGAAGUAAUAACAUUCUAUAGAUGGAAUCCACAAGACAAACUAUUCCAUGAAGAUAAGCAAAUAACACCGCAGGGAUAUAAUCCUGAUUUAUUCCAAACUACUCAAUUCCACAAGAUUAUUUAUGGAGGUAAUGAUUGCUUGUUUUUGGAAGUUUAUGAUAAACGUGGAAUCGGUACUUUUGUUCAAGUAUUGCUUCAAUAUGAUCCAGAAAUUAAAUCAUUCAAACCUGUCGCAAAUAUGAAUGGAAAGGAAUCGAUGACUGCGUUUACAUGGAGAGAUGGAUCAUCGCCUUGUUAUGGCUCAAUUCGACGUUCAUUUGAGAAUAUAUUAAUUAAUUGUGAUGGAAAGGCACAAACAGUUAUCAAGACAAGACCAAUUAAGAAUAUUUGGUCCGAGAAUAAUAUUAUUGUAAUAUCAAAUGAUGAAGAUAAGGUUCAAGUUUGGUACGAAGAUAAAUUCUACACACUUCCAACAGUCAUGAAUCCAGCAAGUUUUGCUAGUGCCAUUUACAAAAAUAAAAUAUAUUUAGUUGUGCGAUCAGACAAGGCAGAUCAGACUGUUUAUCGUGGUGAUAUUAACAUCUAUGUUAGUCCUAUUCAUGAAAUGAAGUUCGAGCACUUGCAGAAAUUGACUUUAAAUAUUCCAACAACAGUUAAAUUCUCUAAAGCUCCUUCGGGUGACUUAUUGCUAUAUAUUCUUACGAGAGAUCCAACAAAAGCACUUAAUAUCUACACAUAUUCUGGAAGUAGCAAUUUCGUUGAAAUUAUUGACGACACAACGAUGAUACCUGAUGCAUAUGACUUGUCAAACAUUCAAAUCAACAAUAAAGUUGAGGUUCUUUCUGUAGCAUCAAGUGAUCAUGUUUAUGUCCUUCAAGCCGCCCUCGUUCAGUAUUAA